UCCUGGAGCCCUUUAAAUUGGAAAGUGGAGCUGGCGGCAGAGGUGUGCCUGGUCACUGUCACUGGCCUCGGGGUUGUGAAGCACACGCGCGAGAGGACGCCGGCAGCCACCUGUGAAACCUGGCCCCCUGCGCACGCUACCUGCCUGCCUUCAGAGACUCCUCUGCGGGGAGAGACGCUGACCUCACUCAGGGACCAGGUGCUCAUCCAGGAGAGCAUGGCCCACAUGGGGGACUGCAAGUGGAUGCCCUGGCUCCCUGUCCUGGUGGUGUCCCUGAUGUGCUCAGCCAAAGCAGAGGAAUCCAACUGUGGUGAGAAUGAGUACCACAACCAGACCACCGGGCUGUGCCACCAGUGUCCCCCCUGCGGGCCAGGGGAGGAGCCCUACAUGUCCUGUGGAUACGGCACCAAAGACGAGGACUAUGGCUGUGUGCCCUGCCCAGCAGAGAAGUUUUCCAAAGGAGGUUACCAGAUAUGCAGGCGCCACAAGGACUGUGAGGGCUUCUUCCGGGCCACUGUGCUGACGCCAGGGGAUAUGGAGAAUGACGCCGAGUGUGGUCCGUGCCUCCCUGGCUACUACAUGCUAGAAAACAGACCCAGGAACAUCUACGGCAUGGUCUGCUACUCCUGCCUCCUCGCGCCCCCCAACACCAAGGAAUGUAUGGGAACCACUUCAGGGGCUUCUGCCCACUCCCCCAGCACCUCUGGUGGCAGCACCCUGUCCCCCUUCCAGCAUGCCCACAAAGCAGAGCUCUCAGGCCAAGGACAUCUGGCCACUGCCCUGAUCAUCGCCAUGUCUACCAUCUUCAUCAUGGCCAUCGCUAUCGUUCUCAUCAUCAUGUUCUACAUCAUGAAGACAAAGCCUUCAGCCCCAGCCUGCUGCUCCAGUCCUCCAGGAAAGACUGUGGAAGCCCCGGGGAGCACACACGAGGAGAAGAAAGAGGCUCCAGACAGUGUGGUGACUUUCCCUGAGAAUGGUGAAUUCCAGAAGUUGACAGCGACUCCCACAAAGACCCCCAAAAGUGAGAAUGAUGCCUCCUCUGAGAACGAGCAGCUAUUGAGUCGCAGCGUGGACAGUGACGAGGAGCCAGCCCCUGACAAGCAGGUGUCCCCAGAGCUGUGUCUGCUGUCACUGGUUCACCUGGCCAGGGAGAAGCCUGCACCCAGCAACAAGGCUUCUGGGAUCCAAAGCCGAAGGAAAAAGAUAUUGGAUGUGUAUGCCAACGUGUGUGGUGUUGUUGAAGGUCUCAGCCCCACAGAGCUGCCAUUUGAUUGCCUCGAGAAGACAAGCCGAAUGCUCAGCUCCACGUACAACUCUGAGAAAGCUGUUGUGAAAACGUGGCGCCACCUUGCAGAGAGCUUUGGACUGAAGAGGGAUGAGAUUGGGGGAAUGACCGAUGGCAUGCAGCUUUUUGACCGCAUCAGCACGGCAGGCUACAGCAUCCCUGAGCUGCUUACAAAGUUGGUACAGAUUGAGAGGCUGGAUGCUGUGGAGUCCUUGUGUGCAGACAUACUGGAUUGGGCUGGGGUUGUGCCACCUGCCUCCCCACCCCCUGUUGCAUCCUGAGUAAUGUGCCUUGGAUUGUCCUCCCUAGGAUCAGCUAGAGAUCCAGUGAGGCCACUGCAGCUGUGAGUGGUGCCAUCAGACUGCCAAAAAUCGAGGCUUUUUCUGAUGGGUUGCCAUAUGCCUUAGGCUACUCUAAAGAGCCUGUUGAGCACUCAAAUGAACCAAACCAUGUGGGGGUGACAGAGGUGAAAAAUCUGAUUCUACCCUUAAGGAGACACUUAAUGGGACACAGAGGACAUGUUACAGACCGUGUCGCCAGAACAUCAAACAGGCUGAAUGAAGGGAGGCUAAGAAAAUAGAGCAGAAGUUCUAAGAAGGGGUGAUAGCUUUUCGUGGGGUUGUAAAGGGGGUAGCCUUGUGAAGAAGAUAGCUCAAAGGUUUUGGUAAAGUGGUUACAGUGCAGACAUCCCACUGCCCAUACUGCUUCAGAUUCAGCACAGUCUGUUUGCUUUUUCUGAGGUUUCAGGGAUAACUUGAACUGUUCACCAAGUCACCUCAAUGGUAAGCCUUGCAAUCAGUGGUGGAAGCACUCCCUCUGUCACAGACACUCAAGGCAUAAGUCUGUCCAGUCAAGCAGAAGUAUGCUGGCCGAUUUCAUAGACUGCAUAGCUCCUAGGCCUGGGAGCCUCCGAGCAUGAAUUACAUGUGAGUGGCCUUUCCUGCUCACAGUUGGCAGAUUUAUCCUCCAACAGCGCUCACGGGCACAGCAGUUACAAAUAUGUCUGGCUGUUUUUACUUCAAAUGAGUAUGUGAUCUCAGAGAAGGAAAUGGUGACUCUCUGAGUUAGGCCAUACCUGAUUCUAGAUUUCAAAAGUGGUCAAGAUGCGUGGAUAAGGCUCAUGACGUGAGAAUUCAGACACAGCUUCCUGCACCAGUGAGGGGUGGUAGAGCCUGAGGUGUAGUGCAGGGCUGGGGUCUGGAGUCUUGGGCCUUUAUGGACCUUGUGACUGUCAUCUCCCCCGGCCAAAUGAGAAGUUGGUUGGUGAGUCUUUAGUCAGAAAAGUUAAGACUCAGGUGAGCCAGAAAAAAUGGAGGCAGGAAAGGAGGGGCUUUGGGAGCCCCCAUGGCAUGAAUGCAGUAUGAAUUGCCACACAAAAUGGGAGUAAAAAGGGAAACUCCCAGUUGGCAUUUUUAGGGCAAUUAUGUGCCAGAAUAUUUACAGAGACAAAGUUAAUAAAUGGGCAUUGCUCUUGGCAAAUGUUAACUGCCAAGACUGGGAAGCCAGGGGAGCUUUCACACCAGGAAGUUAAUGCAGAAUCAACUGCUGGGCUCCCUCUUAAAGCACUGGCUGUGGUGAUUGCUAAAUUAAAAUAAAGCCUCUGGCUUAGAAAGCUGUGUUUUUAAAAUUACAAUUUGCAUGACUGAAUAAAAGCUUUGUGGGGGAAUCAGUUGUGUGCUUAAAGUUGACAAGCAUUUUCCCACCAUUGAAUGUAGAAUGUGCUGUGAGAGGACCAUAGGUCCUGAAUAUUUAAUACCAUCAUUCACUGUGUCUGUUUGUGCUGUUUUUUCAGAAGCUAUUUGUAUAUCCUGAAUGCUCAAUGUUCUCCUUCAUUAUCCUUUUAAUUCCUUUUUGAAAUCCUGCAGUGCCCCUUACCCCAGUCUGUGAUCAUGAUGAUGAGCCUUCCCUUAAUUACACUGCAAGUGUCACAUGUGAUGAGGGAAUAGGUCCAGGACAACAGCAGUCAUCCUCCUUCAAAUGGUGUUCUGAGAAGCAGUUGGGAGCUGUAAUAGGCAGGCCCCAGUGGGGGUAGGCCUUGGUUCACCUAUUGGAUUCAGGGCCAGAGAAAGCCAGCAUCAGUGCUGGAGCCCUUAGUUCCAAGCCUGCUAUUUUUUGGGAGCUCACCGUUACCAGUUACACUGUUCCUUGUCAUUUCCUCAUUUGGCAACAAAUCCAGGAAAGGUUUGCCACCAUGAGCUUUCACCUAUAUUACAAAAUUCCGAACCAACUAUAAUAAUUCUCAUUGACAGUGCUGGAACUCCAUGCUGCCAUUUUCUCUGAGGUCUGUCACUAUUUUUCAACACUUAAAAGCAUUUAGUUAACACUUUAGGCUAGGUCUGUGGCCCUUAGCCAGGGAAGUCUUAAUUGUGAAUAUUUUAUAUAAGUCUAUAUAUAUAUAACUUAUUUUAUCUUAUAAUUUCAAUAAACAUGUUUAUA